UUAAAUACGUAGUAGUUAAUCGUUAUCGUUAUCUAACCGUUAUCGUUAUUCGAGUUAGCGUUAUAACGUUACGUUUUUAGCUGGCAACAUCGGUACUGCGCAUGUCAAGUACGUCGCGUCGAAAAAGAAAACAAGAACAAUGGAAAUCACCACCGGUCGAUUUUAAUUCAUAUUGAACAAGUUUUUAAAUGUAAUCCGCGUGUGAAACGUCUGAAACAUGACGGGUACUAUAAUUGAGAACUUAAGUGGGCGUAAACUCGCCAUUUUAGUGAGUUUUCUUAUGUUAUGUCAGCUAACAUGUUUUCUCAUCGGUGGUUUGGUCGCACCCAUGCCUGCAAACACUCAAACAAUACUCGCAACCGUGUGCCGUGAUACUUCUAUAAUGAAAAAUGACACGACCAAUUGGUAUUACAACCGUGGGAAAGGAGCUUGCAAGAGCAUCGACCUUGGUCAACCGCAUCACGAUUUGUCAGAGACCGACAUUGUUUUCGCAUUCCAAAUGCCGGGCCCACGGGAGGGUAUGGUUCUGGAUUACUCGCGGUGGCAACAAAAUCUAAUUGGAGUGCUGCAAGUGGAUAUUAAGUACCACUCUCAGUUCGAGGUGCCGGCACGAAGCGAUAUCACGAUCGAUGCGCGCUUAGCUUACCGUAACAAAGGCGACCCAGAAGAUGUGUGGAAGUUUUACACAAAAUCAGUGGAGAAACGCAAUUUAGAUUGUGACAUUGAUUUGAAAAGUGAAGAAUAUUUAUAUAACUGCUCAGCUAUCCCAUUGUUUGAACUUGGUUCUUUGUUUCACGACUACUACCUACUCAAUGUAAGACUCCCUGUUGAUUCACCUACUAUGAAUUCACAAAUUGGUCAUAUACAAGACAUGUGGUUGACUGUGAUCAACCAGAAUGGUGGGUUUACUAGAGUCUGGUUGUAUUUGAAGACAGUAUUUUUCCCUUGCAUUGUUGGUAUAUUGGUUUGGUUCUGGCGACGCAUCCACAUUCUUCAACGGAAGCCUGUCUUACUGGAGAAAAUGCUUUUGAGCCUUGGUGUAGCUCUUUGUCUUUUAAAUAUGCCAAUUGAGUACUUGACUUUACAUUAUGAUUUACCAUUUAUGUUGUUAUUAAGUGAUAUCCGUCAAGGUUUGUUCUAUGCUACAUUGUUUUCAUUCUGGCUUAUUUUUGCUGGAGAACAUAUGCUGAUUCAGGACACAUCAGCCCAAAGCUCAGUGAAACAGUACUGGAGACAUUUGAGUGCUGUGGCACUGGGCUGCAUCUCUCUCUUUGUGUUUGACAUGUGUGAGAGGGGUGUACAGCUUCGCAACCCUUUCUACUCUAUUUGGGUGACAGAUCUUGGGACUAACUUAGCUUUGACAUUCAUCAUACUGGCCGGGAUAUCAGCUGGAGUAUAUUUCCUAUUCUUGUGCUACAUGAUCUGGCAAGUUUUUACAAACAUUUCCUACAGGAGGCAAUCCCUGCCUACAAUGUGUUCUGUGCGUCGUCUCCACUAUGAAGGGAUCAUUUACCGCUUCAAGUUCCUCAUGUUGGCUACCCUGCUUUGUGCUGCACUCACUGUUAUUGGUUUCAUUCUGGGACAAGUUGCUGAAGGCCAGUGGAAGUGGGAUGAGAAUAUUGAGUUGGAAUAUACUUCAGCAUUUUUUACUGGAGUGUAUGGAAUGUGGAACAUCUACAUCAUUGCUUUGUUGGUCUUGUAUGCCCCAAGCCACAAAAAAUGGCCAGUUGUUGAGAAUACUGCUGAUACACAGAAUUUGAGCGAGGAAAUGGAAUUUAGCCCCUUACCUAGCGAGAGAGCCAGUAGUGAGAUUUCUUCUCUAACAUCCUUCAUUAGGAAGGCUACUAUUGACUAACCAUGCCCAUUAAGUAUUUCGAUAGUAAUUUUAAGUAACGUUUGCUCUUCCAUCUUUUUGAUCAAUUUAAAUUCCAUAUGUUGGAAAUAAAACUUGGGCCAAUAUUGGCCAUAAAUCGUCGAAAAUUCUUGCCUUUAUACCCUUUGGCCCAAAUGUUUGCCCCAAUAUGAGAUUAGACGUGCAAGACACGAUUGCGUAAUCGGCCGUUGAAAUCGCUUCUAAAAUACAACUUUACGAUAAUUAUAGUCGUAAAUCUUCAAAUUUGUACGUUUAGAGAUCGUAAAUAGGAGUUCAGGCUUAUCGUAGGCGUUAAUUAGAUAUAGAUCGAGAGAAUCUCUGAGUAUAGGCAAUAGGCAUACAUGUCGACAGAGCUUUUCGUCUCGCCGAACAAUAUUUUGUACUCAAAUAUGUAACCGGAAAUGUAGUCUGUAUUUAUUUAGUCUUAUCGCUCGUUCGUAGCCAUGACUUAGCGAAGCGAAGCAGUAACCAUUAGAUUUAAGAAUAUAUUUUAAAGACUUAAUACUUGUUCUCACUAAUAGUUUUUAGAUAUUUUCUCUUAUACAAAAUGAUUUGAUUGAUUGAAGUAAUAUUUUUAUGAUUGUGUUUUUAAUAGAAGUUUUUAAUCAUGUAUUCUACUUCUUAGAAUCCUUAGGCAGCUAAGAUUAUAUCGAGUCAUUCUAAAAAUAUUUUUUACAUCGUAAAACAGGUAGAUUGACCUUGAUAUUUCCAGUUUCGUGUCGAGCUUCCAAAAAGUAUUUUCGUUAGUAUGUAACCUUAUUCUGUGAUUUUUAUUUUGCAUUUUUAACUAAACAGUAUUGCUAGAUUAAAUUAGUUUAUUAACGAUAUUGCCAGCUACUUAAUAAUUUAUGAAAUUAAUGUAAGUUUUAAUGUGAAAUUAAUUUUUGUAAUCUGUAGUUAAUAUUUGUACCCGUAUAAUAAAAUUGUAUUAAAAUAUGUGUUAUUUUGUUAUUUAAAACGCUAUUGAACAAAUAUUUCGUUUGAAACCUGAAUACAUAGGGUGAGAAUAUAUCAGAACGUGCUUUGCAUUACCGAAACAUCAUUUAGUGGUAUUUCUAUAAUGAUUUAAAGAAACACCAAUAAAUAAUGGCACAGAAUGAAGGCGCGGUCUUGAGUAUCUUCGCCCAAUAUAUAAAGAAUUAAAAAAAUAUUUGUCCACGAAGUUAGGAACGUCACAUGAUCACAUAUUAGUCAAUAUAUCCCUUAUUACGGAGUUAACACAUAAUACGAAGUACCGAGACGUUUGAUUGACACUUUGAAUAUCACCAUACAUACCUAAUACAUACUAUAAUAUAAAAGAAUCGACUACAAGGCAUUUCAAUUACACAAGAAACUAAAAUUCAUAUUAUGACGUCAUAAUUCUGUCAACCAACUUAUUUAGUAUGCAAGUAAGACAAUAAAAAUCGACAGUAAGACUUGGUUGAUUAUAAUAUGGAUUUGGCUUCGUUCUUCUAAAGCAUAGGUCGAAUUGGGCACAAGAAUAGCUACUGUCUCUUUUAAACCUUUAUUUUCUUACCUGUAUGCAUAAUAAUUUGGCUGAUUGUGAGAGCUGUAUUAUCCCUAGGGCAAACCAGGCAAGCGCCAAGUAAAGGAGUGACGUCAUGAGACUCGUACCUAAGUUCCCAUAUAGUGGCGCCUAUGAGCGACUUGCCUAGAGCGCUCUCUAGGUUUAACCCGCUCUUAUUAUUUGUACUCAAUCUCUUAUCUAUAGUGUAAUUUUUAAAAUGCCUGAUAGUCGCCACAACUUUUACAGAGCUUUUAUAACAAAAAGCAUUGUAGAAGUUGCCAUUAAUAAUAAAUUAGUUAUUUAUGAAGCCUGUAAUCAUAUAAGGUAACAUUUUAUUGUUCAAUUUGGGAGUGUAAUAAGGUCGUUAUUGGCUUCAUAAUUUAAAAUGUAAUGUGAUAGUUUGGUAUAACGUUGCUGUCUUAUUUUUACCAACAUAAUGUUGCUUGGAAAAUACAAACGCAAAAAGAUCCGUAAGUUACAUCUAACCAAAUUCAAUUAUUCAGAAAGUUUAAUAUUUCACAUACUUAUUUUUUUGUCUAUCACAUUUACAUUUUUCAUACAAAUCCAUAAUUUUGUAGGUAUGUAGGUACUUAGUGCUUGAAACAUCAUUUGAAAGAUAAUAGAUAGAUUUCUUAAUAAAAAUUUAAAUUUAACAAUGAUGUUUCAAUUUGAAGGGAUUGAGAAUUUCUUUUCUUUAGAAGUUAAGAGUGAUUAAACAUUAAAAUAACGAACUGUCAUUUUCAAAAGUCGAACAGUAAUAAAAAAAAAAUUAUUAAAAAAAAUCCUCUGUCACACAUUUCUGUUCUUACAGCACCAAUUAUAAAAAUUUAAAGUGAAAUUGAUUAAACCUAAAAAAUACGGUUCGAAAAUUAAAAAACAAUGAUGUAGGUAUUAACUGAAAAGUUAAUAUAUAAGGUUGCAGCUGUUUGCAGUAAGACCAAAAAUGAAGUACCUACAUAAACAACAUGUUUAGAUUAUCGUGGGAAAGCAGACAUAUUCAAACAAGGUAAGUUUCACUAGAUAAAAGUGAUUACUUAACAUUUUUACAACUGUUAACACCAUAUUUGUAACUUCCUCUGUAGAACAUAUUUGUAUUUAGAUAAAUACUGAAUAUUUUCUACACAAAUGCUUUGAUGGUAAAGAAUGACAUGGAAUUAGAUUCCCUGAUGGCACAAAUGCGAAUGACAGAAAUUCUGAAAAUACCCGAAAUAACUGUGUCUCUAGGUAGAAAUAAGAAUAAUUAAAAUAAUGAACUGUCAUUUUCAAAAGUCGAACAGUAAUGAAGAAAAAAAGUUAUUUAAAAAAAACCCUCAUUCGACUAUAAAACUUCUAACACAUAAUAGUACCUGUUUAUGGUAAAUGCUUUAACUUCUAAGAAAAGAAGUGUAGUUAGGUAUUUUAUUUUUCAAAAAUGAAAAAUGUUUACUUAUGUUCACCAAAUGAUAAAAUGGACCCAAAUUAAUUGGACAAUGUACCCCUGUGUCACGUAAAUAUAGAAAAAAAGGUUAGUCUAUGGUUCCCUUAACCUACUAUCUGAAAAAAAAAAACUUAAAAUCUACUUCCCACGAUAAUCCAACAAAAUGAUACAAUCCUUUGACACAACCAAAUAUAUCGAAUACUGCUAGAGUAUAAAGGUAUAUAAGGUUUUUUGUACAUAUUACUACAUAUCAAGAUGUAUUUUGAUGCAGAACUGACUUAUUGAUGAAGUGGUCACAAUACAGUAUAUUUUUUUGUCUUCUUUGGCAACCGAGUCUCCAAAAUGGUGUUGUCGACUAUACUG